AUGGCAAGAUAUGCAUGGUACACUAGAGUAACUGACACAUUACAUCGUCUAACUGUACUUACUUUAGUUGGUGGUACUCUUUAUAUGUCAGGUGCAUUAGCAUAUACAUUAUAUAUGAAUGGUAAACGAUAUGAAAAACAAGUUACACAGAAGGAAUCUCCUGAAGCGAUAAACAGUAAUACCCCUAAGUAA